UCCGAACACCCCGCCGCCGCAACCCUAGAUUGCGCUUGCGCCUUCCUUCUCCCUGUCCCCUCUCGGCUGCGCCGCCAUCACAUAAAGUCCGCGGCCCUCGCCCUCCGUAAACCCCUCUUCCACCCGCGGCCUGCUCCUGCGAUCUGCCCAGCAGAUCUGAGGUUCCGAUCGGCCGUCCCCGUGAACCAGCGGCAACCGUCGGCAUGGCGCUCGUAUUGCAUUCUGGGGCUGGAAACAAGAAUGCCUUCAAGGCACUUAUUGCUGCAGAAUACAGUGGGGUCAAGGUCGAGUUGACCAAGGAUUUUGAGAUGGGUGUCUCCAACAAGACCCCUGAAUUUCUUAAGAUGAACCCCCUUGGGAAGGUUCCUGUUCUGGAGACUCCUGAUGGCGCUGUUUUUGAGAGUAAUGCUAUUGCACGCUAUGUUGCUCGUUUGAAGGAUGACAACCCUCUUUUUGGGUCUUCCCGUAUUGAACAAGCCCAUGUUGAGCAAUGGGUGGACUUUGCUGCAACAGAAGUUGAUCCUGGUGUUGCAUGGUACUUGUAUCCAAGGCUUGGGUUUAUCCCUUAUGCUCACACAACCGAGGAAACAGCUAUUGCUUCAUUGAAGAGAUCGCUUGGUGCUCUGAACACACACCUUGCCUCAAACACAUACCUUGUUGGGCAUUCUGUUACUCUAGCUGACAUUGUAUUGACAUGCAACCUCUACCAUGGAAUUGCACGGAUCUUGACCAAGAGCUUCACUUCUGAUUUCCCUCAUGUCGAGAGGUAUUUCUGGACCAUGGUUAACCAGCCUAACUUCAAGAAGGUCAUUGGUGAGGUCAAGCAGGCAGAGUCUGUACCUCCUGUUCAGAAAAAGGCCGCUCCUCCUAAGGAGCCUAAGGCAAAGGAUGUCAAGAAAGAAGCCCCAAAGGAGGCCCCCAAGCCAAAGGUGGUUGAGGCACCAGCAGAAGAGGAAGCACCAAAGCCAAAGCCAAAGAAUCCUCUUGACUUGCUGCCACCAAGCAAGAUGGUCCUUGAUGACUGGAAGAGGCUAUACUCAAACACAAAGACCAACUUCCGGGAGGUUGCCAUCAAAGGUUUCUGGGACAUGUACGACCCAGAGGGCUACUCUCUGUGGUUCUGUGACUACAAGUACAACGAUGAGAACACGGUGUCCUUUGUGACCCUGAACAAGGUUGGUGGGUUCCUGCAGCGGAUGGACCUGGCUCGCAAGUAUGCCUUUGGGAAGAUGCUCGUGAUAGGCUCUGAGGCACCCUUCAAGUUGAAGGGCCUUUGGCUCUUCCGUGGCCAGGAGGUUCCCAAGUUUGUAAUGGAUGAGGUCUAUGACAUGGAGCUCUACGAGUGGACCAAGGUGGACAUCUCUGAUGAGGCCCAGAAGGAGCGUGUCAAUGCUAUGAUUGAGGACCAGGAGCCCUUUGAGGGUGAGGCCUUGCUUGACGCGAAAUGCUUCAAGUGAGUGUGCUUGCCUGGAGCCAGAACUGUUUAGGCCUUGAAUUGGAUGUUUAUGGAGGAGUUUGCCCUUUUACUUGUGUCUAUGUUGAUCUGGUAUACCUUGCUGUGAACUGGUUAAAGUUUGUGUUGGUUUGAGAAUUUUUGUCUAUCUUGUGGUGCCUCAGCCUUCCUCAUUUGAAUGUUUUGCCGUAACAAUCUGGCCAUGUUUUUUUU